GCUUCGGCUGAGCCGGGGACCGAUGCGUAGCAUACUGGGAAGUGUCUCCCGGUGGUUUCAGUUAGCAUUCGCUCCGCAGGUCCUCCCGUGAGUCUCCUCUCUCCCGCACCUUCCUCGACUGAGCUCUAGAUCUGGAGCCUGACCUCUCAGCAUGGAUUGAGUGGAAGGUGAGGUCGUGAUUCCUUCAGCGUGGACAGCAAAGUUCCCGGAGCAACAGAGAGACAAAGCUUGGAAUGCUGGCUGCGGGAUGAAGCUGGGAUUGGGGACCCCACCUGCCUCUGACCUUGUGUGUUCAUAGGUGCAGUAGCUGUCAUCUUUGUUGCUGAAGAUGCGCACAGCAGGUUAGGUGUUGGGACCGAGGUCACACAGCAGUUUCAUCGCAGGUCACUCCUGGCCAGGGGCUCUCGGCUGCAGGGGCGAGUGCUGUCUGAAUCAGCCUCUCUGAGGAGGGUGCUUGAUUGCUAUCCACAGCGUGCUGCCAUGGGAGCUGGCUGGUCACACCCUGGCCAGAUGUUGAUGGCUCUUUUCUCUCCCGUCAAUGCACCUUCCUAAGACGCAGCUGUUCGUUGGGAGAAAAGAAUGACCAAGUACAAGGAGGCAGUGACAUUCAAGGAUGUGGCUGUGGUCUUCAGCGAGGAGGAGCUGGGGAUGCUGGAUGCUACCCAGAGGAAGCUGUACCGUGAUGUGAUGCAGGAGACCUUCAGGACGCUGCUCUCAGUGGGAGCCAGGAAUCUAAAUGAGAUGGAGUUGCUUCAGGAGGUAGGAUGGAGGUACCUGCCGCACGAGGAGCUUUUCUGCUCACGAAUCUGGCACCAAGUUACAAGGGAGUUAACCCAGGGUCGAGACUGCAUGGGGAACGCUGGAGAAACGGGCUCUCCGUUGGGGAAACAGGAUGGUGUCCAGAGUGAAGAAGCCGGCUUCAGUAAACAUUCUGGUCGGAAUUCGCGGCUUCAGCUCCACUGUGGAAUGAAUGGUGGUGAAGAUCCUUCUAAAAAGGGGGUGAAUGGGGAAGACGCUAGCUGGGACUGUCAUCUAGGGGUGAAUGGGCAAACCCACGUGGGAGAGAGGCGGUACAAAUGUGAGAAGUGUGGCUACUCCUUCUGCCGCCUGUCGGGUCUUCAAGCUCACCAAGUACGGCACACGGGAGAGAAGCCGUACAAAUGUGAGGAGUGUGGGAAGGGCUUCACCCGGGCCUCGACGCUUCUGGACCAUCAGCGAGGCCACACUGGAAACAAGCCCUAUCAGUGUGAUGCUUGUUGGAAGAGCUUCUGUCACAGCUCAGAAUUUAACAAUCACGUGAGAGUCCACACGGGCGAAAAGCCCUACAUAUGUGAGGAGUGUGGCAAAGGCUUCAGCCAGGCCUCGCACCUUCUGGCCCACCAGAGAGGCCACACUGGCGAGAAACCCUACAAAUGUAGCACGUGUGGGAAGGGCUUCAGUCGGAGUUCAGAUCUGAAUGUUCACUGUAGAAUCCAUACCGGAGAGAAACCCUACAAAUGCGAGACGUGUGGCAAAGCCUUUAGUCGCGUCUCAAUUCUCCAAGUCCACCAGAGAGUUCACAGCGAAGAGAAACCGUACCAGUGUGCAGAGUGUGGGAAGGGCUUCACGGUAGAGUCACACCUCCAAGCCCACCAGAGGUCCCACACCGGAGAAAGACCCUAUCAGUGCGAGGAGUGCGGGAAAGGCUUCUGUCGGGCCUCCAAUUUUCUAGCUCAUCGCGGAGUCCACACAGGAGAAAAACCGUACCAAUGCCACGUGUGUGGCAAACGCUUCCGGCAGAGGUCCUACCUCCAUGACCACCACAGGAUCCACACUGGCGAGAAACCGUACAAGUGCGAGGCGUGUGGGAAAGGCUUCAGCUGGAGCUCCUACCUCAAAGCCCACCAGAGGGUUCACACUGGAGAGAAACCGUACAAGUGCGAGGCCUGCGGGAAAGGCUUCAGCUGGAGCUCGAGCCUCGUGAUUCACCAGCGAGUCCAUGCUGACGAUGAGAGUCACAGGGAUUUCCCUGCACCAGAGGAACCCCCAGGAAACACACUCUAUAAGGUUUUAUGAUCUGCGACAUUAACCGCAGAAAGGUUGAGUGUCAUCAGGAGGUUUCUGAGUAUCCUAGGACAGAAGGGACCAGGUCUGUUUGACAGGAGCAACAUUUCUUAAGCAGCUGGUUGCCACCCCGCGUGGGGUUGCAGAACCGAAUGUGGUGGCCACAAGGUAUUUAAAACACUACAAGCUUUCUACAGACCCAGUGGCCAAAACCUCAGAAUUCAACAGCUAAUAAGUCUGAGGGGCUUCUGGCAGCUCGUACUCACAGUGCGAGCCCUGGCACCCCACUGUCACCACACACAGUGCCCAGAGGCUGCUUGAAGUCCCUCUGCUCAGGGCCGACAUUGCUAUGAAUCACAGUGCUUUCUACUGUGCGCACGUUUUCUGCUCGCACAGAAGCAUAAUCGUUCACUUACACUGUUUUCCUCUUCUCACUCCUCGCACGUCAGUGUCAGACGAGUUUAGCUGCAGAUUGUGCUGGGUCCCAGUCAGCGUGGUUUUAAACAGCCCCGUAGCUCCUCUUAACAGAAGGUGGUCCACUGCUUUCACCGUUAAUAAAGUAUCACUUAUUGAAACUGUUCUGAAAUACAUUUCUUCCUGAUUAACAAUAAAUAUUUGAG